AUGCCGGGAAAAUAUAUUGAAAAAUAUGACCAGGUCCCUGUCACCAAGGAAGACCUUGACUGGGCCGAACUUAUCACACUGGACCUAAGCCAGUACGAACAGCCAAGGGGAAAGGAAGAUCUUGUCAAACAGCUCGAUCAUGCUGUUAGAAAUGUUGGAUUCUUCUACGUGAAGAACUUCAACAUCAGUCAAGAAGAGAUCGACAACCAGUUUGCUUUAGGGCGGGAAUUCUAUGCCCUACCACUUGAAGAGAAACUCAAGUUCCACAGUGCCAGUGACCUUGAGAGAGGUGAAUACAACUCUUACCGUCCUGCUGGGCAACGAAUCCUAGGAAAUGGCGUCAAGGAUAAUGUCCAGGUGUACAAUCUCCCAAAGUUCGACGGUCACCACGAGCGACCCCAGCCUUCCGUCCUUACAGAGAAUAUUAAGGAGAUUGAAAAUUUCAGUCGGAAAUGUCACACCGAAGUUGUUGAGAAGCUUCUCCGUCUGUUCGCAAUUCUACUUGAGUUGCCGGAUGAAGAUCAACUAGUCCGCGAUCAUCAAUACGAUGUCAAGGGAGAGGAUCAUCUGCGCUAUAUGCAUUACGCUGCCCGAAGUGCUGAGGAUAACAAGAAGGUCGGUGAACUUUACACCCCCGGCCACACAGACUUGGGAACCGUUACUCUCCUGUUCCGGCAACCCGUAGCCGCACUUCAGAUCCUCAAUUCAGAGGGUAACUGGAAGUGGGUACGGCCCCAGGAUGGGACUAUUACAAUCAACACCUGCGAUGCCUUGACGGCACUCACUGGUGGUUUGAUCAAGUCUAGUAUUCAUCGGGUGCAUGCACCCCCAGCCGAUCAGGCUCACAUAGACCGGUUGGGCGUGCUGUAUUUUGCUCGCCCCAACAAUCACAUUGUUCUUGACCCAAUUCAGAACAGCCCCCUCCUCCAGAGGCUUGGCUUGACCACCAACGUGUUUACUGAACUUGGACAGCACCUCACGACCGAGCAGUGGGUUAAAGUUCGACAAACACAGCAGCAGCGAAGAAAUAAAGAUGUCAAGAUUUCGUCUGAGGGGAAGUACAUCUAUAAGCCGAAGGAUCUCGAGAUCAUUCCUGGCCUUCAGGCUGCGGUCUACAACUAG